AUGAAGGCCCUUAGGGGCCCCCAAGUCUCUGGGGCCCUCCUGCAGACAUGGCUGGGGGGCCCCCCAGCCAGGUUUGCUUCUGCUGCUGCUCGGGUGUACCCCUCAUAUGAGCUCACGGGACCCCCUCCUGCUGCAGCCAGCUGCCCAGCUGCUGCUGCUGCUGCUGCUGCUGCUUGCAGAUGGAGCGGCAGAGCUUCCCCCUCGCUGAGGCCUUCCAGCGUUGCUGCUCCUGCUGCAGCGUCUGCUGCAGUUCCUGCUGCAGCUUCUGCUGGCAGCAGCCGCUGCAGCAGUACGUCGUGUCGGGCUUCCUCAGCAGCAGAUGCCGACGCACAGCUCGCUCUAGAGCAGCAGCAGCAACAGCAGCAGCUGCUGCAGCUGCAGCAGCAAUGGCUACGCUCUACUCCUGAGAGCCACGUGCUGGCGAAGCAGCCACUGCGGGCCCGCACUGCAGCAGCAGCAGCAGCAGAAGACGAGCUGCUGCUGACGCCAGCAGACUGUCUGAACUUCUUCAAGCUGCACCAGGGCACGCUGCGGCCUGAGCGCUACCUGCUGCUGCUGCAGCAGCUGCAGCAGGCUCUGCACCAGGACGCUGACAGCAGCAGCAGCAGCAGCAGCAGCUGGAGGCGCUGCAUUGAUGAAGUGGACGUGGUGGCGCUGCAGAAGUGGCUGCUGCUGCGCGUGGACACGAUCCCGGCCCGUUUGCUGCUGCGUUGUUUGCUGCAGCUCGACCAGCUAGCCAUGUGCAGCAGGCUGCUGCUGCAUGCUGCAGCGCCGCUGCUGCUGCUGCAGCUGCCGCAGCUGCGCCUCCAAGGGGCGCUGCAGCUGCUGCAGCUGUAC